AUGCGAAAUAUAUAUUACCUUUCAAAAAAUAAUCAGGCUCUAAAUCAAUUUCUUAAUUUAUGUCAAUUAAAUCAUUUACAAACUAUAAACCAAGAUCAGCUUUAUUUUGAAAUAGAACCUAUUAUAUUAAAAUCGAAUAAUGAAAAUUUUAGUCAAUCUAAUCAAUCUAGAAAUGAAUAUGCUACUUAUGAAAAUCCAAUUUCUGGACGCAUAUUUCUUGAAGCAAUAUCAUUUACUAUUGAACAUGAAAGUAUUUUAAUAGAUGAAAGUACUAUAUUUACUAAUAAACAUCUUGCAAUUGUAACAAAGCACUUAACUAAAAAUAAACCUAUUUUACGUUAUCUUGGAAUGAUUAAAUUAGAAGAUUGUAGUGCUGAAUUAAUUACUAUAAAUUUAAAAAGAUUUAUAUUAGCUAAAUUACUUAAUAUUGAAAAUUUAGUUCAUUUUGGAAGUGAUAGUGCAAGUACUAUGCUCAGUUAUCAAAAUGGAGUUGCUGCACGUCUUAAAAAAUAUAAUCCUUUUAUUACUGAAAAUCAUUAUAUAGCACAUCAUUUACAUCUUGCAGGUCAAGAUGCUGCUGAAAAAGUAUCAUAUUUUAAAAAAUAUGAAAAGUUAGUAAAAGGAAUUUAUACAUAUUUUAGUAGUUCUUAUAAAAGAUUAUUAUUAUUAAAAAUGGUACAAAAUACUUUAGAAGAACCUGAAUUAAUGAUAUUAAAUAUUAUAUCUACGCGAUAG